CCUUUAUUAUGGACGAAAAGACUAAUUGAAAUGCACAUAACGAACAUUACAAUAUUACGUUGAAUAUCUGCAAUUUGAAUGACAACUAAGUUAACAAUCAAAGUUUUCUCACCAAUUUGUUUGUAACACCAAAUUUUGGUGCCCAUUUAUGUAAUUAACCACCUAUUUUCCCAAUUGUGUACGACAGUUUUGGUUUUUAGUUUUUUUCUCCCUGUUUAUUCUCUCUCUCUCUACCCUCCACCCUGCAAAUGUGCAAGCUCAUAAGUUUUGGGUCUGUUGAUUUGUGUACUUUUGGUGGAAGAAUGCUUGUCACCUACUCCUUUUAACCUCCCCCUAACAAAUCUUUCUCUUCUUCAUCUUCCAUCUUCCAUCGUCUCCCCUUAUUUCAUCCUAGAGAGAGAAAGAGCGAGAGCGAAACAGAGAACGGAGCUCAUGGAGAGGCACAAAUGCAAGCUCUGCUUCAGGGUGUUCCCCAACGGCCGAUCUUUGGGCGGCCACAUGAAAUCCCACAUGGCCAAACUCCGUCUCCCACCCAUAUCUUCCUCUGCCACCACUUGCCGCCGCCGCCCCCGCCCCCGCCCCGAUGACGACGAAUCGUCGUCUUCUUUCUCCUAUUCCUCUUCAGGGGAAGAAGAAGAUGAGCUGGAAGUGGAGCAGGAAAUCGUCAAGAGCAGAGCGGUGGCGGAAUUUGGGGGAUUUGGCGAUGCUGUUUACGGGUUGAGGGAGAACCCGAGGAAGAGUUUCCGGGUCGCGGAUCCCGAGUUCUCCUUCGCCGGGUCGUCCUCCGUCGUGCAGGACAGGGAGAGCGAGACCGAGUCGAGGAACCCGACCCGGAGGCGAUCCAAGCGGACCCGGAAGUCGGGCGGAGAUGAGAAGAAGGGAUUUGGUGAGAAUCAGCGUUGGAUUUUCGAUUCGCCGCCGCCGGCGGCAGAGCAAGAGCCGGUGAGUUCGGUCUCCGAUACUUCCCCUGAAGAAGAUGUGGCGAUGUGCCUGGUGAUGCUGUCGAGGGAUGUGAACUGGAAGGGAAGAUUCAGUUACAAAAGCGACGAAAUUGAAGAGGAAGAUGAAGAGGAAGAGGCGGAGAAUGGAGGAGAAAUCAAGAAGAGGGCGGAAAUCGAGGAGGAAGAUCAAGGGAUCAUGGAAAGGGGAAGCAGAAUUCGCGGGAAGAAGUUGAAGUGCGAGAAAUGCACGAAACAGUUCCGAUCGUCACAGGCAUUGGGAUCCCACCGCCGGAUUUGCUCGCUCAACGGAACCCAGCUCCGCGGCGGAGGAAUGGGGAAUGUGGUGGCUGCGGCGGAGAGGAUUUUCCGGUGCCCGUAUUGCUCAAAGGUGUUCGGGUCGGGUCAAGCACUGGGCGGACACAAGAGGUCGCAUCUCAACGGCGGUGGUUCCUACCCUUCGCCAGCUGCCGCUCGUCCACCACCACCACCCCCGCCGGCUGCCAAAAUCGACAAGAACUACAGUUUUUUGGAUCUCAACUUUCCAGCACCGGUGGAAGACGACGAGUUUAGUGUGGUUUCUGAUGCUUAAGUUUCUCCAAACUGAAAGCAAGGUGGAUGUUUUCGAUACACAAUACCAAUUUCUCGAAUCAAAGUUUUCAUCUUUAUGGUUCUGUAGAGUCUUUUCCAUGGUUGAUGUUGGCCCACAGGGUUGGAACUAACUUGGGUACUGUAGAAGUUGGUGGAAGUGGGUCAAAUUCAUGAGUUGUAGCCAUAGAUAGGGAAACUGAACCCAUGAACCCAAUUCUCAUUUUGCCUCCAUAGAUGAACUUCAGAUGUUCUUCUGUUGUCUUGCAGACUACUAACUUGACAAUGUUUGGUUAAUCUUCAUUUGCUGUGCUGCUGCUGGCUGGCUGGCUGCUGACUACAAAUUUGUCUGAUUUGGAUUUGGGUCCUUUUGGUUUCUUUGGGGAAACUUCAUUGAAUGCUAAAGCUGGCAAAUGGGGCUUUGCUUUUGCUUUCAAACAGAUACUUACUUCCCUCCUCUCCCACAGAGCCCCUGAAUUCCUGACUCUUCCUUUCCUCUGUUUUUUUUUUUUAACUUUUCUUCAUGUGAUUUCUUGAUUUGAUUGGUUCUGGUUCAUGCUGUGUCAGUUGGGCAAGUUUCAGGGAGUUGAGGUAAGUGACAGACAGGGGAAUUAAUACUUUUGUUGUGUUUGGGCCAUUGGUGGGUAUUAUCAAGUGAAGGCACAAGAAGUUGGUGACCUUUUACUCUCUCUACUUGCUGCAAAUGCUACAGCACAAAACACUAGAUACAUUGCCACAUGUUGAACUUUCUUAGGUGAAUCAAAUGCCACACUUCAUAACUUUCAAUGACAAUUUUACUCGAAGCAUAUAAAUCGAAAGUCCAUUUUACAUCGGGAGGUGGCCCUAGAGAAAAUCGAAUAUAACACUAUCGAUUAU